AUGUGUCUUGGACAUGGCCUGCACACUGUGUCUCAGAAACUGCUUAGAAAUGCCUGGAAAUCAGUGUUUUUGUUAUGCGUUCAUUCUAAAGCAAGAGAGUUUGUAAUAGAUGGUGAAAAUAAUUUAUGGGCAGUUCCAUCUUCUGUUGACGAGUUCAACAAAUGGGCUGAGAAAACUCAUUUUCAGAUUGGGGAUUCUUUAGUUCUGAAGUAUGAUUCCAAGACUGACUCAGUGCUGGAAGUGACCAAGGAAGACUACAAAAUCUACAAAAACGCAAUUCCAAUAAAAUCACACCAUGUUGGAGAAACUACAAUUUCAAUAGAAAAAUCAGGUCUAUUUUUCUUUAUCAGUGGAGCUGAAGAACAUUGCUAG